UUUGAAACUUUUGCGCCGGGUACAAGUCGUCUCGAGGAUUAACGUGAAGGCGUAGGUAGUAUUAGGUUUUUCGACAAAGCUUGAUACGGAUUUUAUCUUGUACAUUUUUGACGAAGCCUGUAGCGGAUUAUCACUUAUGUAGAUUGGACGAAGUUUGUUGCGAAUUCCGUUUAAUACCUACGCUUUUGACGAAGCCUGCGCUGGGGAUUUAGAUGACGGUUGUGUAUUAGUACCUACUCAUACUUUCAUAAUUUUUUUUUUAUAUAUUAUUUAUUUAGUUUGUUAUUAUUAGACAAACAUUAUUUGAUAGUUAAGACAGUAGAAGUAUUUUCCUGUUUGUGCAAAAAUGUGUAAUUGUGUAUUAUUUAAAUAAAGUAAGUAUGUUAUGUGUACAAAUGGACAAAUCUGUAAAUUAUUUACGAAAUGGAUUUUAUUUUGACAUAUUCUCUUUCACACCACACUUUCGCAAUUUCUUACGGGAACCACGAUCACUAUUACUACAGUAAGCAAUUACUACAGUAGGUAACUAAUCCAGUUUUAGGACAACCAUAAAGAUACAAACGAUAACGCUCAACUAUCAUUCAAAGUCGAUAAUUCUAACACUACACUUGUAGCCCUUGCUAUGUAUCAGUGUAUUUAUGUGCUUUUGACAAUCAUAGUUAGUGUAUACAGCCAUCCGUUUGCGGAGACUACUCACGGAAAAGUGACCGGCAAAGUUUUAAAGACGUUGCUGGAAGAUGUGGAAUACUAUGCCUUCACGGGGAUACCGUAUGCAGCACCGCCCGUCCAAACGCUCAGGUUUAUGGCCCCGAAACCAAUAGAACCAUGGAAUGGAAUCCUAAAUACCACUACGUACAAGGAACCGUGCUAUCAAUUCAAGCAUGUUGUCAACACUGUGCUACCCUUCAGUUAUUUUGGCGCCGAGGAUUGUCUCUACCUAAACAUUUUCACGCCAGCCACAGACGAAAACAAACGCCCCAUUAUUGUUUUCCUCGAAAAUUCCCGAUUCAGGUAUUCAUUGGAUAAAUCAGAUUACGGGCCGGAUUUCUUCAUCGAGGACGACGUCAUUAUUGUAACAAUAAAUUAUCGCAUGACUUUGUUCGGAUUCCUUUCGUUGGAAGACGACAUUGUGCCCGGGAACGCAGGAUUAAAAGACAUCGUUGCCGGCUUGGAGUGGAUAAAAAAUAACGCGGUGUAUUUCGGAGGUGAUCCUAAACGAAUUACUUUGAUGGGGUCGCAGGGAGGCGCGGCCGCGACCGACCUCCUUAUACACUCACGAGCUAACCAGUUAUUCAAUUCGGCCAUUUUACAAAGCGGUACAUCGUGGAGCACUAUGUAUCUCCAAGAAAAUGUACGAGAACGCGCCUUUCGCCUCGCUGAGCUGUCAGGAAGAGCCACAAGCAGCAGCAAACGCCUACUAACCGAACUGAGAGAAAUUUCCCCUGAGACUUUACUAGCACAAGAAAUUGCUGCCAAUCCUAAAGAUUACACAAAAGAACAUCAAAGAAGUGCGCUUACAUUCGGACCUGUAGUUGAAACACAUCCGGAUAGUCUACUGAGCGAGUACCCCGAACGGGUCAGUAAAACGAGCACGCCUGUUUUGAUUGGGUUCAACUCUCGGGAGGGCUUGGAACCGUCUCUGCAGUAUCUCAUAGAACCCAAGUACUUAAGUUUCCUUGAAAAAGACUUUCCUUUGCUGUUACCGAGGCGCGUCGCAUUCAAAUUCGAUCCUGACAGCGAUAGUUACUUCGAAGCUGUAAAAGAGGUUAAGAAAUUUUACUUCGACGGUAAAGUUAAGAUUAGUAAUGUGCCUGAAUACGUGACUUACAUAGGAGAUGUUUUAACCGCGUACGCUGUGAACGCUAUGGCGGAGAAAUACGCGAAUAUUUCUUCGAGUUCGGUGUUUUAUUACCAAUUUGACUAUUACAGCGAAUUGAGCGAGAAUAAAAAUAAUUUAUUGAGGCUGUCGUCGGUGUCUGAGGGCACGGCCGGCGCGGCGGCGGGGGACGAGCUCUGCUACCUAUUUGUAUGCCCCAAAUUCGCGAAGAAAUAUGCGAAAUACUACAAACAACACACAGAGGAAAUUUACGUUUCUCGAAAAUUAGUGAGGCUGUGGAGUAAUUUCGCAAAAUACGGAAACCCAACACCAGAAGGCGACACCGAGCUAGACCUAAAAUGGCCCCCUUAUAGUGAAACAAAAGAAUAUCUCCACAUCGACAAACAAUUGGAAGUACGUAACUCAAUCAAUAACCGAUUCCGAUUCUGGGAGAGAUUCGUUGGGAAGUGGCGCGCGGCCCACCGAGGGACGGUUGCCGCGGAGACAAAUAAAGACGAACUUUGAUUCUGCUGUUCCGUGGUUGUUUUAUUGAGUACUUCCUUGAUUUUUGCGUUGUAUUGGGGAUUUUACUUGAUUUACGGUUUUUUUUUUCUAAUAGAGCCUAGAUAUAAAAGACGAAAAUUUUUGAACAUUGACCCGCCAUGUCCUAUCUCUUUCACACACACAUAAUACUGUCCCGCUCGCACAGUGGCAUUGGUCGCUGCUAUCAUUGAAGGACAGCAAUAUGAUUACGUGUGUGCGAUAGAGAUAGAAAAUGGCGAGUCAGUGUACGAAAUGCUUCGUGCUUAGCAUCCUUACUCUGUACCGUAUAUAUGUUCUAAUAUAGGCCUAACUAAUUGGAAUAGCCAGCGUUAAUCCAAAAGUAAAGCUCUAAACCUUCUUGUAUAAUAAUGACAAAAUACUUGUGAGAGACUAUCAUAAAGGGCUUUAAUGAAUAUACCGUAUUUUGAGAGGGCGAAUUCCAUUAAAUCGUAUACUAAUUAGAUGGUUGUAUAACUUUUAUAUCUCUUGGUCGUCUGGAAGCAUUACUUCAUGGUGACCCUGUGAGUGUCAGUUUACUUCUAAUCUCCUAAAUUUACAUUUAUUAGGAUUAGGUAACGUAAUUCCGAAUU